UGAAUCGUUACUUGUAGUGAAAAUGUUAAUAUUUUGGCUUAAAAUCUUAUAUUCUCUGGUGUUAUGUGUUGUAGUGUAUAAUGUGUGGCUUAUUUUAACUUACAAUAGAAUCGUUAGGUUUUCAUGGAAGGAAAAUGGAAGAUGGAUGCUACUGCUCCCGUUUGUUGGAAAUACCUAUGUGGCACUCUUCACAGGAAGACGACUUAAUAUGUUAACAACUUUGCUAUGGGCUGAAAGAUUCAUUGGAUUACCUGUAAACUUUUGGUUUGGACACAAAUACCAUUACAUGUGCAAUAGCGCAGAGGAAGCUAGAAUUGUUCUGAAUCAUCCGAAAUGCUACAACAAGGCUCAACUUUAUAAAGAUGUGAAGUACAUUUUUAGGAAUUCGCUUCUUCUAAUAGAAGCUGAUAAAUGGAAACCACGUCGUCGUUUUUUACGAAACGCUUUCAAGAGUAACAUGUUGAAAUCGUUUUUCCCAACAUUUUAUCAACAAAGUUUCAAUUUGGUGGAAAGACUCAAAUCCGUAGGCCCAGAAGAAGAUUAUUUUAAGUUUUUUAACAAAUACGCAUUCAUGAAUUUCUUUCUAACAUCUGUUGGAUGGAGAGGAGAAUAUAUUGACCCAAAUAUUGAAAUAUUUGGGGAGUUAAUAGAUAGAACACAAGAUGAGUUCGUGAAGCUCUUGGCAAAUCCCCUUAUUCCCGCAUAUAUAUGGAUAAACAUACCUCCAGGUGCAAAGUUGAAAUCAUUACGUACUCAAAUGAAAACGUUAUUAACAUUGAUUCUACAGGAUAAAAAACAGGAAAAGGUUGAAACAUCAGAAUAUGUUGAUAAUCCAAAAGAAGGAACAUUACUCGAUCUUUUAUUAAGUGAUGGUUAUGAAAAGGAAACCGAAUCUGAUGUUUUUGAGGAACUUGUUUUAUUCGCUGGAGCUGCUACUGAUACAACUGGACAUACAUUCGCUUUUUGCUUUACACUUCUUGGAAUGUAUCCAGAUAUACAGCAUAAAGUAUAUGAGGAAGUUAUGUCAGUAGUUGGAGAUCACAGUAUAGAAGAAACGAAUAUAAAAGAUUUACAUUAUACUGAAGCUGUCAUUAGUGAAACUCUCAGACUUUUACCUACAAUUCCAUUAUAUGGAAGAUACUGUGAAGAAGAUAUCGAUAUUGGGACAAAAGUAGUUCCAAAAGGCGCCAGCAUUUUUAUCAGUGCAUAUCACAUACACAGGAAUCCUGACUAUUGGAAAAAUCCUCUUAGGUUUGACCCAAACAGAUUUUUGCCAGAAAAUAUAUCAAAAAUUAUUCCUGGAUCAUAUCUACCCUUUUCAGCAGGACCAAGAAAUUGCAUUGGACAAGGAAUGGCAUUGACACUAUUGAAAAUUACCGUGGCCAAUAUUGUGAGACAUUUUGAAAUAACUUCCAAGCACAAAUCAAUUAAAGAAUUCAAGCUUGAAUCUUGCAUAUCAAUGAAAACAUACAAUAAUCUUGACUGUCAUUUUACUUUGAGGGUCAAACCUUGAAAGAUAUAUGAAAGGGAAUUGCAGUAUCCAGAAGUGGAGUACAUUAAAAGUCAAACGAGAUAUUGAGGUUUGGUUCUUGGUCCUAAUACUCCUUUCAAUUUGAUGAUGUAAUCGUAUUCAACCUUAUUUUAACUUCGAACAAUGUUACGUUUCCUAUUUUGAAAAUACAUUAAUUUCAUAAUAAUUAUUCCUGUAGUUUUGAUUAACCCCAAAGCUACGGUUCAUUCUUGCAGAGG